AUGGAGGUUAAGCCUUGGCUGAUAAUCCUCCUCCUUGCAUUCGUCGUAGUGGUUGAAUCAUCUCCUUAUUUCCACGACGUUAGCAGCUGGGGUCUGACCAAGUAUGGCUCAUGCGAUGGUGCAGUUGGUGACUGCAUUGGAGAGGAGAAUGAGAUGUUGAUGGAUUCUCAUCCUAGCCGAAUACUUAGAGGCCGCAAGAAGUACAUUAGCUAUGGAGCUCUCAGGGCAAACUCCGUCCCAUGUGGCCGCCGCGGUCACUCCUACUACAACUGUCAAAGGAGGCAAAAGGCUAAUCCUUACAGACGCGGUUGCAACAUCAUCACACACUGUGCCAGGAUCACUGGCUAA